AUGUUCUGGAAGUAUGAAGAUGAAUGGCUGCAGUUGGGCUUGGAAGAUGAAUCACUGAAAUGUGGUAGCCCUGCUUCAAGUGGAACACAUGAUUUCACUGUUACCAUGGCCGCGCGGUCCUGUCCAUCACCCUUGAGCCACAUUCCAACGCGCGAACCGUAUUCUUCCGAACCGCCACCAAAGUUAUCUCCUGUUUCAACAGGUCACCAAACAUUCAUCACUUUGAGUAAUACUCGCAUCCCUCCAGUGUCUUCUGGUCCUUCGCAGCCAGUUCUGCAAACUUCACCGCAAAUGCAGUCUUCCGAGCUCACGAGCAUACAGUAUGAGCUAAAUUCAGAUCUAAGUGUUUUAACAGUACCAUCUAGUUCACCACUCCUCCCUACGAAACCGACAGAAUUACAGUUUGCUCAGCCAUCUAUUUCUGGUCUACAGCAGAAUGGUGAUUUCGCAUCAUUUGUGCAGCUUGAGCAAAGAGAGAAGAGGGCAGUAAUUCACCAUCAACAACAUCCUCCAGGUUGUGUCCAGGCUGUUAAUGGACAGUGGUUUGUACAGGCACAGGUUCAGCAUGUGCAAACUAGCGCAGGAACGGUUAUCGCCGUUGUUCCAAAUUUUUGUCGACCCCAAGCUCAAUCAGCUGGUAGCAAUCAGAACAUGUCACAAGUGCAGCAAGUUUCACAACCGCAAUUGGUAGCACAUCCUAUAGGAAACGGGCAAGCAGUUGGCACAGCUCAACCUACAAUAGUUACAACACCACAUUUAAUUCAAACUCACCCGCAUCAUCAAAUUCCCCAACAUUCACAACAAAUAAUGCACACUGCUCGCAUCCCCAAUUCGCUUACUGUCAGUGUUGCUGCUGGUGUACCGCAGCAGGGGCAGUCUGUUAUGCAGCAUUUGUUAUCGCAACCCACGAUUUCUCGCGCGCCGCAAGUUCAGCCAGGAGUUCAGACCAUCACUUCAGCUGCAGUAGCAACGAAGAAACGGAACGCUCAACCUAGAAAUGGCCGUAGGAAAAAUGCAAAUCAAGGUGGCACUCUAGGUGCUGUUCUUGCAAAAGCUAAUAAACUUGCUGCAGCGUCAUCUACGGAUGCAUCUCUAAAUCAGUUAUUACCUCCAUCUCAUGGAAUUGAGAUGAGGCUGAGUGUGCAAAAUAGUGAACAAGUAGCUAGCCUUUCGAAAGAGAUUUCACGCCUACAAAAUCUUCAAGCGACUUACAAUAUCGAUCAUUCGGCAGAAAUAAAAGAGCUGGAAAAUAAGAGGGCCCAAAUAUUUUUCGAAGCCUUGGCGCAACAGCACAAGGACAAAGACUUGUUGCUGGCAGUAAAUCCUAGGCCACUAACAUUAACAACGCACACUAGGCAAAGAAAUAAUAUCAGGAAUAAUCAUAGCAAUGCGAAUGCAACUGUCGUUGUUCAUCAGGUGCAGCCCUCUACAAGCUAUGAACAUCAAACUCAGCCUGUACAAAGACAUCAACAACAAUUAAAUUAUGAAACAUCAAAUGCAAGAGUUCCAGUAUCUUACCAUAGCUCUUAUCAACUUUCAUCUCAGUACGUAGCUAAUCAUGAAACAUAUCAGAAUACUUCGUUUGCUGUUCGGAAUAAUAAUCAAAUGCAGCAGGUAUCUGCUACGCAGUUUAACUCAUAUCGACCGGCCGCUAGCCAGUCCCUAGUACAACUAAGUCAAGCGCGGGAAGGUUACAUUCAGUCAAUACCAAAUGUUUCUCACCAGCCUGCAAUUAUGCAGUCUGAGCGACCCAUAUCUCAUCAUGUGAUUCAAGAAAUGCCUUGUGAUCCACCUCCUCCACCAGUGCCAUUACUUCCUCCACCAAGUCUGAGAUCUUCAAUUGAAGCUGCUAGCUGCAUUGCAGAAAAGAGAAAUGAAAGAACCAUAAGGUUAUGUGAUUACUUUCAAUCAUUACAUAGUUCUAUUCAAUAUUCGGACCUAGAUUCACCGUUUUUUGAUCUCUCUGAUGUACUUCAACGCCUACUUCCCUUUCACGCUUUUUGUGAACCAGAUCUUAGUCCCGAGAUUUUAGAUACAUAUGUGAUUUUAACUUCAGUUGAUUAUAACUGUCUUCGACAUAUGGUGUAUUUAACUGGAAAAAAGAACAGUAUUGAACAGCGGAUCCGAACUAUAUUAUUUAACGAAGCAAUGGUUUGUUUUCCCGGUCGUUGGUACUAUAAUCGCAACGGAUACAAUAGAGCAGAAGAGUGCCUUCUACUUUCACUUGAUGCUGAAUAUGAGCGUCGGCUGCUAGAGGAAGAGAAACGAAUGACAGCUCUCCAUGACAAACGAGACUCUAUCGCAAUCUCAUCAGUGUGUACUCGUGUAAAUAUUAUGGAUUUGGAAAAACAUCGAAGGGAAUUAAUUUCAAAAGGCAUGCCAAAAUUAAAUUUUGAAUAUCACGAGUUUUCGGAGAGUGAAAUAGCCGCUCGUCAAUAUAGUCCAAUCUCAAAAUGUAGUAACGGAAACUUUUUUGGUUCAUCGUCGUCGAUCUUUAAUGAAAACAUAAUACAUUUGGAUUUCACUGAUAAGAUGCAAGAGAUUGAGGAGGCUUUACCUGCUGAUGUUGAUAGCUUUUUCAUUGAUAUUGUUCGAAAUGAAAAUGAUAAUGAAACGAAUGAAAAUAAAACGCCAAAUAUACUGAAUGAUUGGAUUACUUCAAUUCCAUCACCUGUGUUGACCUCGUCUCUCGCUAAUUACACACCACAAAAGAAAAAUAAUUCAAAUCAUAAUCAGAAGCCUUGUUCAUCGUUCACUGCUGGUAAUCAACAACAGGCAUUCAUUGCAAGAAGUAGAGCGCCGUCUAUUACGAAAGCAGAUCACUCGGAUGCGGCUAACUCUUCAGCUUGUACUAAAGAAAUGUCGUCGCUUUUCACGACAGAGGAGUAUGAAACCACUGAGAAUUGUAUUCCAGUUGGAAAUGAAAAGGAGCAGAUCAAAGCUGAGAUCGAAAAUCAUGCGAGUGGCAUUGCGAGAGUGGUGGAUCAGAAUAUGACGGGAACUAAAACAGAAGAAAGACCACCAAUCCGUUUGAAAAUUGCGCUGAAUGAUGGCAGCAUGAGGAAUUGUUUGGGCAAAACUAGCACUAAAAAAAAGAAAAAGAAAAAGAAGAAUCGAAAACACCAUAAUUCUACAAAGUCUCACUGUAAAGAGAUUAGUGGUCAGUUACUCAGUGCAUCGAAAUCAGGCGAUAUAAAAUGCACAAAUACAGGAGAUCGUGAUAAUGAAUCUCAUCCACGUCUUCUGAUGCGUUUAAAACGCCUAAAUAACGUAUUAUCAGUUGCAGACCCUGGAGUUAGUCAUGCACCAUCGUCACAUAUUAUACACACCAAUGAAGUCGAUGAAGAACAAGAACCACCUUUGAAAGUUCCGAAAUUGAAAAUACGAUUACCUCGAGAUAGAGAAGAACUUAAAAGUGAUUCUGGUAAAACAAAUGUGAACCAUGUGUCAGAAGAAAUAAAGUGCAAGGUAAACAGGGUGGGAAUAAAUUGUGAACAUGACGAUGCAGAUCGCGACAAGCGUACUUCAAAUCGUGACCGAAAAACAACUAUCGUUAUACCAAGGUCUAUGAUCCAAAAUGCUCAUCUAACUUCUACUAUUUCUGGCAGACCAGCUACUCUUAAUUCUGAUGCACAGUUUUCGCCAAAUUCAGAAUCAUCAAAUGAAGAAGAAGAUGAACAGUUACGUGCUCAGACUGAUAGCGUUAUCAGUCGUUUGAAUGAUUGGAGUUCAAAACGCACUGUAAGUCGUCAAGCUGAUACUCUUUCUCGUCUAGUUGGUACAGCACCAUUAGUCAGUCCUGUACUGGAUCGCCUUCUACCAAAGGAUUCAUGGAUUUUUGGUAUGAAUAUGAAAAAUCACUCAACAGUUGAUACUACUGAUACUGGUUCUUCACAUAUGUUGUGGAUGGCUAAUAAGUCACGCAGUUUGAAAACAACAGUCAGUAUCAGUAAACCGAAUUAA